GUUUGCCAUAAAAUCGAAGAAAAAUGUCAAGAGUUCUAAGAUUACCUCCUCUUCCAACAAUAAGAGAUAUAUUAAAAUUAUAUAAUGUAUCUGCAAUGAAGAGACUUUCACAAAAUUUUAUUUUAGAUGAAAAGUUAUCAAAUAAAAUAGUAAAAAAGGCAGGAUAUCUUCCAGGAAGUUAUGUAUUAGAAGUUGGACCUGGUCCUGGUGCAUUAACUAGAUCAAUUUUAAGACAUUCUCCAGAAAAAUUAAUUGUUAUAGAAAAAGACACACGAUUUAAACCGGUGUUGGAAAUGCUAACUGAUGCUUAUGCAGCAGUUAAUGGCAAAAUGGAUGUUAUUUAUGAUGAUAUCAUGAAAGUAGAUUUAACUAAUUUAUUUCCUGAAAGUGUUGCAAAUGCUUGGGAUGGGGCAGCUCCAAAAAUUUACAUAAUUGGUAAUUUACCAUUUAAUGUAUCGACACCCCUAAUAAUUAAAUGGAUCCAAGCAAUUUCUGAAAAGAAAAGUCUUUGGAUGUAUGGUAGGACUAGAAUGACAUUGACAUUUCAAAAAGAAGUUGCAGAGCGUUUAGUAGCUGAACCAUUAAAUCAUCAAAGAUGUAGAUUAUCUAUAGUGGCACAAGCUUGGACACAACCAAUACUACGUUUUAUUAUACCAGGUUCUGCAUUUCUUCCCAAGCCACAAGUUGAUGUUGGUGUGGUAACAUUUGUACCUCUAGUUACUCCACGUACAAAACAUGAACAUGACAUUUUUACUAAAGUAACUCGUCACAUUUUUAGUUUUCGUCAGAAACAUAGUGUGAAAGGCAUUGGAACAUUAUUUCCACUAGAACGUCGUAAAGAAUUAGGUGAAAUAAUGUAUAAACUUGCUGAUUUAAAUCCUAAAAUAAGACCAAUGCAACUGACAGUGGAAGAAAUUGACAGACUUGUUAGUGCUUAUAAAUACUUAUUAGAAAAACAUCCAGAACUUAAAUUGUAUGAGUAUCGAGCAUCUCGCCGAAUAUUAGGACUAUCAAAGAUAAAGGAUGUAGAAUUAAUGGAAUCUGAAACAUUAUAAUUUGAUUAAUGAUCUGUGCAUCGGUAUAUAAUAAAAUAAACCUCACAUUCUUUACAUAAGGUAUAGUUUAGGUUUAAAUUGAAAUAUUCCUCUCCUAAAAUAUAAAUAUAUAUUCAAAAAAGUAUUUACAAGCGUAAAAGUAUAUAUCAUUUUACUAUUUGAUAAAUCUAUAGAUUACAGACUAUAAGUAAAUCACAUAAAAUCCAAUUCACUCAUUCUCAUAAAAUUUUAUUGUAAUUAUAUAUAAGUUUUUUUUAGUAAGUUUCAUGAAUUUAUGUUUAUUUAAAAUUGUUUAAUUUCGGAGGAACUAAGAUAAUUUGUGUCUGUUAUU